AUGGCCGAAACAUCAACCGUCAUCUCCAACACGGAGAAUCUCAUGAAGUACAUGAGCCUCGACCAACGGGGACAUGUCCAGGCUGAGUAUGUCUGGGUCGACGCUGUCGGUAACUGCCGCUGCAAGACCAAGACUCUCGCCAAGCCUGUUACAUCUGUCGAUGAGCUCCCUGAAUGGAACUUUGACGGUUCUUCCACCGGCCAGGCUCCCGGUGACAACUCCGAUGUCUACCUUCGCCCUGUUGCUAUCUUCCCUGACCCGUUCCGCCGUGGCGACAACAUUCUCGUUCUCUGCGAGACCUGGGAUUCGGAUGGAACCCCCAACAAGUUCAACUACCGUCAUGAGGCCAACCGUCUGAUGGAGAUCCACGCCAAGGAAGAGUUCUGGUUCGGUCUGGAACAGGAAUACACCCUCCUCGGCACUGACGGCUGGCCUUACGGAUGGCCCAAGGGCGGGUUCCCCGGUGCUCAGGGUCCUUACUACUGCGGUGUCGGAACUGGCAAGGUCUACUGCCGUGACAUCGUUGAAGCUCACUACCGCGCCUGCUUGUACGCCGGUAUCAAGAUCUCUGGUAUCAACGCGGAGGUUAUGCCCUCCCAGUGGGAGUACCAGGUCGGUCCCUGCCAGGGUAUUGAGAUGGGUGACCAUCUUUGGAUGUCCCGCUUCCUGCUCCACCGCGUCGCUGAAGAGUUCGGCGUCAAGAUUUCUUUCGAGCCCAAGCCCAUCAAGGGUGACUGGAACGGAGCCGGUCUCCACACCAACGUCUCUACUGCCUCCACUCGUGCUGAAGGCGGUAUGAAGGCCAUCGAGGCUUACAUGCAGAAGCUGGAGGCCCGUCACAACGAGCACAUUGCCGUCUACGGUGAGGGUAACGAAGAGCGUCUCACUGGCCGUCACGAGACCGGCAGCAUCGACAAGUUCAGCUAUGGUGUUGCCGACCGUGGUGGCAGCAUUCGUAUUCCCCGCCAGGUUGCCAAGGACGGCAAGGGUUACUUCGAGGACCGCCGUCCCGCCAGUAACGCUGAUCCCUACCAGAUCACCGGUAUCAUCGUCGAGACUCUCUGCGGUGGCAACUAG